AUGGCGCUCCUAAUGGAUCACUACGACAUGGCUCACCGUGGGCGUUUGAUACGGGAUGAACAAAUGGAUCUUGGAUCCCUCAAACUUAGGUCUCACGGUGUCUCCUCAGGCGCCAUGUCUUACGAUGAGCGGUACACACAGUUCAUCUUGAGGACAGGACUCCUUCCGUUCAUCCAUAUGGUGACCCGGUCGACACCUUGGAUGAACGCUUGUGCAAUCACCGCGCUUGUCGACCGGUGGAGGCCUGAGACCCACACUUUUCACCUGCGGAUCGGUGAGAUGACUGUGACUCUUCAGGACGUGUCCAUGAUCCUGGCACUCCCCAUCGGCGGGGAACCAAUGGAUAAUAGGACAAAGAUGUUGAUUUAUGCGGCUGCAUCGUAUAUGCUUAUCUCGAUGAUGGCUGUGGUUGUUGAGUCUAGGAAAAGGAAAAGGAGAGAACAUAUUACAUAUGGGCCAAUGUUUGAUAGGGAUAGGAUGAGAAUAGAGUAUCUAGAUAAUAAGAUAUGGAAGAAUGACACGACAUGUAUAAACAUGCUUAGGCUUAGAAGAGAACCUUUCUUCCGAUUUUGUAAACUUUUGAGGGAUCGUCAAUUGCUUCAAGACACAAUUCACAUGUGUGUCGAACAGCAAGUAGCCAUGUUUUUGAACACCGUUGGGCACAACCUUAGGAAUAGGUUAGUUGCCACUAAUUUUGAUAGGUCCGGUGAAACUCUUAGCCGUUAUUUCAACCUAGUUCUUCAUGCCAUUGGUGAACUACGAAAUGAACUUAUUAGGAAGCCUUCGAUGGAGACGCCAACGAAAAUACAAGGAAAUUACAGGUGGGAUCCAUACUUUUGGGAUUGUGUUGGAGCUAUCGAUGGUACACAUAUUCAAGCUUCUGUUACUAAGGCCAUGGAGCCAGCCUUUUGUGGUAGAAAGUCCCAUGCUAGUCAAAAUGUAAUGGCCGCUGUCGAUUUUGAUCUACGCUUCACAUAUGUGCUGGCUGGUUGGGAGGGGACAGCCCAUGAUGGUCUAGUUUUAAGAGAUGCUUUAGAACGCCCAAAUGGAUUACGUGUCCCACAAGGAAAAUAUUACCUAGUUGAUGCUGGGUAUGGAGCCAAGUCGGGAUUUUUGCCUCCUUUUCGUGGUGUGAGAUACCAUUUGAAUGAGUGGGGGAACAAUCCUGUGCAAAAUGAGAAGGAGUUGUUCAACCUUAGGCAUUCUUCUCUUCGAGUGACCGUAGAGCGCGCAUUUGGGUCACUCAAGAGGAGAUUCAAAAUACUUGAUGAUGCCAUUCCAUUCUUUUGCUUCCCAACUCAAGUGGACAUUGUUGUAGCCUGCUGCAUUAUUCAUAAUUGGGUACUAGGUGAUGAAAUUGAUGAAUAUAUCAUACCCGAAGAUGAAUGGCCGCCUAAUAUUAAUUAUGCUUCAUCUUCAAGUGGCCAAGCUCAAGAGCAUGCUUAUAUGGUUAAUUUUAGGCAGGGAAUAGCCGAUCAAAUGUGGCAAGCCCGAGAGAACUACAUUGCCAACAAUGUGUAA